UGUGUAUCAAUCCUCCUUUAGGCUAGCAGUCUCGCUUACAGGCUUCACUUACAGGGCUUUCAGGACGGUGCAUACGGAGUAGAAACGCAGUUAAGGGGAUAGAAGAUUAGAUACUUUUGUUGGUCCGCAGACCUAUACCAUGGAAAUAUCAGGGGCAAUCAAGGGGGACAGGUAAUCCCAGUUAGGGGAAGGACCCCCUUCGGAGGCUAGCCGGGGGCUGUUCGAGAAGUGGUAUAUAUUCUGACCCUUAGACACUCUUUACAAUACAUACUUUUGAACACCUUUAAAUUGAACCUUUGAUUUUGACGUAUAUCGAUAUACACUUGUUAUUUGUUUACAGGUACGAUACCAACAAUCUGUUACUUAGUAGUUGUUAAUCAGAAUGCCUUCUACUCAGUGUCAAGGUUCAGAGCGAACUGCUAGUGAGCAUCUCUCUGCGUUUAGAGAUCUGCUGUUAUCUGCAACUAGUACCCAGAGGCAAUCACUGACUGCGUUUUGGAGGGAUGUACGACGUUCGCUUAAUGACCAAGAUGCUAUCAUUACGACUCUUCAGCCUCCUCCUUUCCCGCCUUGUACCCCUCCUCGUCCUAGUACAAGCCAGUCUGUGAAUAUGAUUCGGGAUACUGUUGCGCAAGCAAUAGUUACUGAAGAACAGCAAAUGGACGACGCUAGUACUACUAUUGAGUCGAUUUGCGACCUGAAUCCAGGGUUUGCACUUGAUUUCUGUCGGCGGCAGAUAGGUGCAGUGAGUACAGGACAUGAGUUAGGGUGUUGGAUGUCAGGGAAUGCUACUGCGCACGAAAAUGGAUACGUCAAAUUCAAUAUGCGUAAUACCUAUCUACCUAGUAGCCGGGGGAAAGUGGGUUCACAGCCCUUCAGUCAUCAGUUAGGUGUUGUUGCAGCUGGAUAUGGACAGGAUCUUCGCCUCACCUCUCGAAAGACUAGUGAACCUGAAUAUCAUGUGUCGCACUUGUGUCAUAACACUGCAUGUUUCAACCCGGAACAUCUUAUGAUAGAAAUAGCAGACCAGAACAAGCUGCGAAAUUCAUGUAAAUACUCGUUUAUUAUUCGGACAGCAGAUGGGACAGUGAUUCAUCCUUGUACGCAUUGGUAUUGGGGGCGCCUGCUUCGUUGUAUUCUCCCGCGUCGAGAUAUUCCUUCUGGCUCUGCAGGUCGGUGGAUCGACAUGACAACAAGAGGACCUGUACUUAGAACUGGCAAAAGCAAUCAAUGAUAGCAACCUUGACCUUGGGUUUAUUUUACAUGCACAAGUUUUCUGAUCCUGCAACGCG